AUGCCAGCCCGCUGCCACGACACGCUCACACCACGCUACCCCCCGAGCACUCGCCAGCCCGCAGCUACGACACGCUGCCAUGACACACUCACACCACACUACCUCCCAGAGCAGCACACGCCAGCCCGCCGCCACGACACGCUCACACCACGCUACCCCCCGAGCACUCGCCAGCCAGCAGCUACGACACGCUGCCAUGACACACUCACACCACACUACCUCCCAGAGCAGCACACGCCAGCCCGCUGCCAUGACACGCUCACACCAUGCUACCCCCUGGAGCAGCACACGCCAGCCCGCUGCCACAACAUGCUCAGACAGGCACCUCAAGGCAUUGCCUACCAGGCAGCCGAACCCUCACCAAUGGCGUGUGCAGGCUAUGCAGGGCCAACCUCCAGCCUCCCCACCCUGCCCACCGCUGCCUUAUAA